UAGCCGGUUCAGUUUUCUAGAGGCAGUAAAAACCUAAUCCUAAUUUGCUGAAAUUUUUUUUAGACCAUCGCCUGAUCAGAAGCUUUUGCUAAUCUGUUGGUGAACAUCCCUUCAAAUAUCAAAUUGAUAAUGCUAUAAAAAAAAAAAAGCUUUCUCAAACUUAUUGCGCAAUACCUUUGUUUGCGCUAACCCAUAUCGCCACCUAGGAGUAAUGAUAAGCACCAAUUGCUCGAAUCUUUUCCCGCUCUGACAUUGAUCAGGUAGUUUUCACGUCACGAAUAAUCCGAGCUUUCAUUGUCUCUUUGUGAUUUCCCGUCAAUUUCAAGCACUCUUCAAGUCUUCAAAAAGUCUUCAAAUCAUCAUAAUCUCCAUUGGAUUGUUUAAUCAACAGACAUUUUAAAUUUUAAUUCUUCCUUGACCAAUGGCUUGCCCCGAGAACAAAGAGCCCAAUACCAGCUCUGAUGCUGGAAAACACACCGAUGAUGAAGAAGACAAUGGUGUCACGCUGGUUGAAAUUUUAGAAGAGGAAGCACAACUUGAAGAGGAUGCCAAUGCUGUUUUGGGUGGAUCUGAUGAUGCUAACUGCACUUACCGUCUGGGUUAUGUCAAUCGCCAGGCUCUCUAUGCUUGUGUGACGUGCAGACAGCAAUCUGGAAAUACCCAGUUAGCUGGCAUUUGCUUGGCUUGUAGUUAUCAUUGUCAUGAUGGCCAUGAGCUGAUUGAAUUGUACACGAAAAGAAAUUUCUGUUGUGACUGUGGAAAUUCAAAGUUCCCAUCUAACAAAUGUACACUAGCUACAGGAAAAUCUGGCGUGAAUGAAAACAAUGUUUACAACCACAACUUUAUGGGGAAAUACUGCACCUGUGAAAAGCCAUACCCUGACCCAGAGGACACAAAUCCUGAUGAAAUGGUUCAGUGCAUCAUGUGUGAAGACUGGCAUCACAACAAGCAUUUGGGCAAGACACCGCCACCGGAUUCGGAUUAUUCUGAGAUGAUCUGUGAUGCUUGCAUGGAGAAGCACCCUUUUCUUAACGCUUAUUUUUCGCUGGUUGAUUCUGCCCAGACGGCAUCGUCCUGCAAACUGGAGAGUGAAACCAUUGAUACAAAUCAACUGAACUCUAAUAAAGCAACUUUUUGGCCGGAGGGAUGGCGAAAUAGACUUUGCAGAUGCGAAAAGUGUUUGGCAAUGUACGAGGAAAAGAAGAUCAAGUAUCUUACAGACGACCAGGACACCGUGGAACAUUACGAACAAAAGGGCAAAAUGGCCUGCGUCAACCGUCCGUCAAGCAACGAGCGACUGAUGGAAGCUCUUUCGUCCCUCGAUCGAAUCCAGCAAGUGGAAGCCAUCACCGAGUACCAAAGUUUCGCAGCGGAACUAAAGGACUAUUUGAAGACUUUUGCCGACAACAAGCGAGUCGUCAGGGAGGAAGACAUUACCGAAUUUUUCGGCCGUUUGAAGGAACGUAAACGACGUCGUCUUGACGACGGCCCUGAUGGGAUGCCUCACUUUUGCCGCUAAAUGAAACAGCCAAUUUGAUAUCUUGUACUCGCCUCCAAUCCGCCGUUUCCUUUCUACCUAAAUUUUGUCGUGGAUGGCUGUGAUUGAACCUUUGUCAUUUUUUCCUCCCCUCUCUUCCAUUUUGGCGGUCAUAUUUGAAAAAAGAUGAAAGCGGAUUGAUCCAAAAGAAAAGGAACAAUUGCGGUGAAAGUGUAAUCGUUUUCCCAAUUUCUGGCAACCCAAAAGUAAAGUGGUAAAUGCCCUAGAUCCUAGUUUUCUACAUUUUCAUACACGUGUCGCAAAUAUACAACACUCCACACGCGA